AUGGCUUCAUGGAAUAAUAGUCAGGUAUACAUGCCCGGUUAUCACACAGACGCGCUGCCUCGCACGCGCUACGCACAGCAGGGAGUAAGCGGUGCGGAAGCAUGGGAUAGCGAUUUGAUAUCUGCGUUUUCGGGAUGCGAUGAGCAAGGUCAGUUGGAAAUUUUUUACCAACAGCAACAGCAGCAGCAGCGGGAUGCGCAGCAGAUGUCUGGUCCGGGUUAUCGAUGGAAUGGGAGUGAAUAUCAGUGGUGUUUGGGCGACGUCCAGUUUGUCGGGCUGCAUGGAUUGGAGCGGGAGCCGGUGCAGUGGACAUACAAUCCUUUUGUGACGCAGGCGCACGACUAUGCGCAGCCAGCGAUGCAGCCGUGGAUGCAGGGAGGCGUGGAAACGGCGCCAAUGAUAUAUGCUGGGUCCCAUGUCAACGACACUGGAGUCACCGCGAGACAGCAGGCUUGGGAACCCAUGUACGCGUCGUUCGCAGAAGCCCGGGCUGCCAUUCCGCAGGUAGACUGGCGGUGUCGUGCAAACGACACUACACUUCCCCAGAGCGACGACGAACGCCAGGACUACGUGAGCCAGCUGCUCACCGCACUCAACAGCGUGCACGAGACGAUUGGGGCGCGUGGCGCAAAGUUCCGGAAGCGGUGGUUUGACCCUGUCAAAGGCGUGUCGACGUACUACUCGCCCGCCGCCAAGGAGACGUUGUGCUGGGUGAUACUAGCCAAGGCUGAGAAGCUACACAGGCUCGGUCCCAGCGACGCGUUUUUGAGCUGCGAUCGCAAGUUCUGGACAGCUGUCAAGCGGACGCGGGACUGGAGCUUUGCGGAGCGCAUCGACAGGAUUGCUGAAGUGCUGGCGCGCUCCAAGAGCAAGUGUGAUGGCAUGUUUGCGGGCAGUGGUGUGCAGCUGGUGGUGGGAAACCCGGGGAAGAUGCUGCGAGCUACAAAGGCGGAUUUGAAGCAGAAUGAGAGGAAGAGGGUGAUGUUGGAGGCGAGCAGACGUGAUCAGAGGCCGGUGAAGAGGGCGAAGACUACUCGGCGGGACUGA